UCACACGCCCUCCAUAGACGAUUUCUGGCCAACCAUGAUCCACGCGUUUUACGAAGAAUGUUAGAUUUUAGAUGAGACCUAGGCCCUAAUUUUGUUUUCCCCCCGUCUUCGUGAAAGAUUGAAGCAUGUCCGGAGAAGCUGUACUGCAUCCGACUGUUUACUGGGCACAAACUGACAAGAAAGUGUCUCUUCGUGUUGACGUCAGCGAUGUAACUAAUCACUCUAUUGAUGUUACAGAGGAGAGUCUUCAAUUUGAAGCGCAAGGCAUUGGAGCUGGCGGACUGCAUACCUACAGAUUCUCACUGGAUUUCUACGGACCCGUUAAUGAGAAGGAGAGCACCUACCGGAUUUCCGACCGCAAUGUUGAGAUCAACCUUGUCAAGGCAGAGGUCAACGACCCUUGGCCCCGAGUGACCUAUAAGAAGCUGAAACCUGCCUGGCUGCGUCUGGACUUUGACAAGUGGACGAUGGACGACAGCGAAGAGGAUGAACAGCAAACACAAGUGCUUGAGCAACGUGAGCAGCUGAAACGCAUUGAGAAAGACAUCAUGGAGGCCCAAGAAAAAGCAUACGCAGACUUGAAGAGAGGUUACUUGUUCAUCUAUAACUUGGUCCAGUUCAUCGGCUACAGUUACAUUGUUAUCCUGCUUUUCUCCUGGUUUAUUCUCUAUGGCAAAUCUGAGAUGCUUCUCGCAUUUGAGAAGUCCUUUUAUCCUCUCGGUGUGUGUCAGCUGCUGGCGCUACUGGAGAUUGUUCAUCCUCUGACAGGCCUCGUCAAAACGGGUGUGGCUGCUCCAUUUAUGCAGGUCAUAGGUCGCGACCUUCUGCUGUUCAUGGUUAUCAUGCCUAAUGAAGACAUCCAUGGGGAACCCAUUGUGUGCUAUCUGUUUCUGAUAUGGAGCACCAUAGAGGUCGUGAGAUACCCAUUCUACAUAUGCGCAACUUUGAACUAUGACAGUGAGGUCAUAUCAUGGCUGCGAUACACCAUGUGGAUGCCACUGUACCCGCUUGGAUUAUUGUCGGAAGCCAUAGUGACGUUCAUCGCAAUCCCGUAUUUCAGGGACACUGGCAUGUUUUCUCUGACUCUGCCCAACUCGGUCAACAUGGCUUUCAGUUUUGAAUAUUACCUGUAUGUACAUCUAGGGUUUAUUGCUACAGGUGGGCCCUUUCUGCUGAGUCACAUGUGGAGGCAACGCAAGAAACGUCUCGGCUCACAGAAGAAAAAGGUCAAAAGUCAGUGAAGAAACUGGCUACUAGCGAUUGACGAAAUAGUUCAAAAUCAUAAUUUUUAAACGAGUGUCUAACUUUUGUAAAAUUUGAAGAGGAACAAAAACUCAUUGGCAGUUCGAAAUGUUGUAUUAAGUCACAAACAUGUGUGUGACAUAGCAUUUCAUUUCAACAAAUUGAGUUGUUUUAAUGAAAAAGGUGUUUGUACAAGUACUGAGAUUAAAUUAAGAUGCAUGCUUCAUUGCCAAAUUUAUUCAAGCAGUUUGUUGAUACAUUUCUAAUGAAGACAUUCAAAUAGACAAAAAGAUCUCUUAAAUAUUUUAACUCUGGCAGGGACGGAUCUAGCUUUCAGGAAACUGGGGGUUGAUAUGGGGGGGGGGGGGGUGAGUGAAGGCCUAAACUGUGGGCAAAACACAGAACUGAAAUUGACAUCAAUACCAAAAGAUUUCCAUCGUACAAGAUACAGUUCUUUUUUGGGGGCCCUAAUUCAAAAAGUCAUCAAUAUUUAGGUGUUUUAAAAAUAAAUUCAGAGUAUUUGUUUUGAUUCCUUCAAUUGAAUGUUGAAUUUGAUUAAUUCCAAGCUGUGCUUCCUUUUGCAAAAAGAAACAGCAAAAAGAUGACCCCGUUAUUAAAAUGAUUCUGUUGCCAGUGUAUUGUGCUUGCUCUGGA